GUAUAGCAUAUCUGAGUGGAAUGUGCAGUGAAAAACGGAAGUGUAUAAUUGCAGAGGACAAUGGUCUGAAUCUCGCUUUUACCAUUGCCCAUGAAAUGGGUCACAACAUGGGGAUAAACCACGACAAUGACCACCCAUCCUGUGCAGAUGGUCUCCAUAUCAUGUCUGGGGAGUGGAUUAAAGGACAGAAUCUUGGGGAUGUUUCAUGGUCUCGGUGCAGCAGGGAAGAUCUGGAAAGAUUUCUCAGGUCAAAGGCCAGUAGCUGUCUGCUGCAGACAAAUCCUCAAAGCCUCAAUUCUGUGAUUAUUCCCUCCAAGCUCCCAGGAAUGACGUACACUGCAGAUGAACAGUGUCAGAUUCUUUUUGGACCAACUGCUUCUUUUUGCCAAGAAAUGCAGCAUGUCAUUUGCACUGGGUUGUGGUGUAAGGUGGAAAGUGAGAAUGAAUGCAAAACUAAACUGGAUCCACCAAUGGAUGGAACAGGCUGUGACACUGGAAAGUGGUGUAAGGCUGGAGAGUGUAUCAGUCGGACCUCUUUUGCGGAGCAUGUGGAGGGGGAGUGGAGCACAUGGAGCUCUUGUAGCCGUACUUGCAACACUGGAAUCAGCAGUCGACAACGCAAAUGCCCUGGUUCAGGCCUUGAAGGAGAUUGUCAUGGUCCCACGAUGCAGUAUAGAGUAUGUGAAAAUCCUUCUUGUCCUGUUGGCGUGCCUGCCUUCAGGGACUGGCAGUGCCAGGCUUUCAGUGUCAGAUCUUCAUAUCAGAAGCAUGGGCACCAGUGGCAGGCUGUCAUCGAUGAUGAAAAGCCAUGUGCCUUAUUCUGUUCACCGGCUGGGAAGGAUCAACCCGUUCUUCUAACAGAAAAGGUGAUGGAUGGGACUUCUUGUGGCCAGCAUGGGUUAGAUGUCUGUGCAGAUGGUAGAUGCCAGAAAUUUGGCUGUGAUGGCAUAUUGGGAUCUCUGGCUCGUGAAGAUCAUUGCGGUGUAUGCAAUGGUAAUGGAAAGUCAUGCAAAGUUAUUAAAGGUGAUUUUAACCAUACCAGAGGAGCAGGUUAUGUGGAAGCUUUGGUCAUACCCGCAGGAGCAAGGAGAAUCAAAGUAGUGGAAGAAAAACCAGCUCACAGUUAUUUAGCUCUUCGAGAUGCUGGAAAACAGUCAAUCAAUAGUGACUGGAAGAUAGAGCAUUCAGGAACUUUCAAUAUUGCUGGGACCACUGUUCAUUAUGUUCGGAGAGGUCUUUGGGAGAAAAUAUCAGCCAAAGGUCCCACAACGUCACCUUUACAUUUACUGGUGCUGCUUUUCCAUGACCAGAGCUAUGGUCUACACUAUGAGUACACAGUCCCACUGGAUCCUCUUCCUGAGAAUCAAAGCUCUAAAGUACCAGAGCCUCUUUUCAUGUGGACACAUUCUGGCUGGGAGGACUGUGAUGCUGUAUGUGGAGGAGGUGAAAGAAAGACAACAGUCUCUUGCACAAAAAUUAUGAACAAGAAUAUCAGUCUUGUGGACAACAAGAAAUGCAAAUAUUUAACAAAACCUGAACCACAGAUCCGCAAGUGCAAUGAACAGCCAUGCCAGACCAGAUGGAUGAUGACAGAAUGGACUCCGUGUUCAAGGACGUGUGGAAAAGGGACCCAGAACAGACAAGUAGCCUGCACACAGCAGCUCAGAAAUGGGACCCUGAUCAGAGCUAGGGAGAGGGAUUGCCUUGGGCCAAAACCUGCUUCUGCACAGCGCUGUGAAGGCCAGGACUGCAUGACUGUGUGGGAGGCGGGAGUCUGGUCUGAGUGCUCUGUGAAGUGUGGUAAGGGAGUACGGCAUCGGACUGUGAGGUGCACCAAUCCCCGCAAAAAGUGUGUUUUGUCCACAAGACCUAAAGAAGCAGAGGACUGUGAGGACUAUUCCAAAUGCUACAUCUGGAGAAUGGGAGACUGGUCUAAGUGCUCCAUCACCUGUGGCAAAGGGAUGCAGUCCCGAGUCAUCCAGUGCAUGCACAAGAUCACGGGAAGGCAUGGCAAUGAAUGCUUUUCCUCAGAAAAGCCUGCAGCUUACAGACCCUGUCAUCUCCACCCCUGCAAUGAGAAAAUUAAUGUUAACACAAUAACAUCACCCAGGUUAGCUGCUUUGACAUUCAAGUGCUUGGGAGACCAGUGGCCUGUGUACUGCAGGGUGAUAAGAGAGAAGAACCUGUGUCAAGACAUGAGGUGGUAUCAGCGGUGCUGUGAGACAUGCAGGGACUUUUAUGCGCAAAAAAUGCAACAAAAGAGUUGACCUUUGUCAGGCUGGCUGACUCUCAGCUCUUUGCAAUAUUAUUAUUUAUAAACACACACACAUACACAGACACACACACACACACGCUUCUUCGGACCAAAUACUAUCAGAUUACAUAUAAUUUAAUCAAAUUAAUUUAUUUUUGCCUGCCAGACAUCCUUAAUUGUUUUGGUUAGACAGUCAACUUGUUUUAUCCUCUGACAUUUUCAUAAUUAAUUUUUAUAUGAACAAUUUUUGAUACAUUUAUCAGAAUUUUUAAAAAAUAGUAACUAGUAUUUUAAAUGUUUAUUUUCAGUAGGGUCGUCACUCUGUUGCCAAAAAAAACCCAAACCACCAUGUCAUCUUGAAUUUAUUUUAAUUUAGCUGAAUAGUUUUGUUGUAUAUGGAAAUAAAGCCCUUUUUAAUUUUAUUAUAUUUUUGGCAUUCAGAGUCAGAAUGAUCUUGUGUAUUUUGCAACAGAUGUUGAGGUGAGUAAGCUAACAUUAUUGAACAGGUUAUUACAGAAUGUAUU